CGGGAUUCCUUUGCGAGCGCAUCAUUUUGGUCCGGCUCGAUGCAGCAUCCCGCGGAGGAGCGCUUGUCGUACGUCUCGUCGCCGACGUCCAAGCAAGAUGCGUACGGCGUCAUGGACACGCCGCUCGGACUCGAGAAUGGCGCGCUGCGGGCAGGUCCACCCCCCGACUACAAGAGCGCCGAGGUACUCGGGCUCCUCGCACAGUACGUUGCCGUCGGGCUGCUCUAUGGCGCGAUGCCCAACUUGCUCUACCCACUCUUCGUCGGCUACUUCCACCUCACGGGCAACCAAUUCAACUCGGCCAAGGUGCUCAUCGGUCUUGGCUGGUCGCUCAAGGCGUUUGUCGGUAUCCUCUCCGACUGCGUCCCGAUCGUGGGCUACCGGCGCAAGCCGUACAUGCUCAUCGGAUGGACGUCCUGCCUCGCCUCGAUGCUCGUCCUCGCCACCAUGGACAUGGGCGACCCGUUCUUUCGCGAUGCAUCGUCGAGUCGCGGGCCCAUCAACACGACCAACAUCAACCCGCACGCGGCGACCACCGGCGGUAUCGUCGUUAUCCUCUGUGCGUGGGGCACUCUCUCGUACGUCAUCUCGGACGUCCCGGCCGACGCGCUCGUCGUCGAGCUCGCGCAGCGGGAGCCGGAAGCGAUCCGCGGUCGCAUGCAGUCGCUCAUCUACCUCACGCGGACAAUCGCGUCGUGCAUUUCAACGGCGCUGAUUGGGUUUUGCCUCAACUCGCCGCGCUUUGCCGGCUCGUAUUCGUGGGACAUGGGUGCCAACACCAUGUUCAUGCUGCUUGCGAUUACAUCCGGCGCGAUGCUCCCGAUCACGUACCUCUUUGUGCUCGAGACACCAUCGCCGCGCGUCAAUUUGAAGCAGUACGUGCUGCAAUUUUGGGACUUGGUCCAGAAGCGCGCCACGUGGCAGAUCAUGCUCUUCAGCUUUCUCUUCAACCUCCUCAACGCCGGCGUGACGUCGACCGCCGCGCCGUACGUCAUGUACGAAUGGGCUAAAGUCGAGAAUGUCAACACCCAGCUCACCGGUAUCCUCGGCAACUUCAUCUUUGCCGGUGUCCUCGGCUUCAUGGGCAAGUACGGCACGCUCUGGAACUGGAAAAUCGUGCUCGUGACGACGACGCUCAGCGCCAACGUCAUCGAUGCUGUCGUGCAGUUCUGCACCAUCUACGAUCUUGUCCGCAACCAGUGGUUUUACAUUGGCGUCCCGCUGGCCGAGAAUUUACCGUACGCGAUGCAGUUCAUUGUCACGACGUUUGUCAUUGUCGAGCUCGCUGAAGUCGGCAACGAAGGCGUCGUGUACGGCCUCCUCACAACGGUCUCGAACCUCCCCGCGGCCUUUGGCCCGGUCGUGGCUAAUGUCGUCUUUGGCUCGUUUGACGUGAGCGCUGAAGCCAUUGCCGCCGACUCGCCGACGACGCGCAACCAAGUCGCUGCCACGUACAUCAUUUACUACGCCACGACGGUCCUUGCGUGCUUUUGCGUCGUGCUGCUGCCGAGCCAAAAGUCCGAGCUCCACGAACUCCAAGUCACGAGCGGCAAGUACCCGCGCGUCGGCGGCGCCGUGCUUGGCUUUUGUUGCCUUGUGCUGCUCUACUCGAUUGUGGCGAGUCUCCUCUCCAUGUUCGAGUCGACCAUGUGCAUGGUCAUUGCCGGCGGCAAGGGCUGCCAUGCUGCAUAAUAGAACAACAUAAACGGACUCGCUUUCCCUA